GCUCCAACAAUUCCGAGAUCACAAUAAGACAAACCCCAAAAUACUGUAUAAUGAAAAUGAGAAGAUAUUAAGAAUACCAUAAUGUACGUGUACGCAGCAUUUGGAAAAAGCAGUGAAUCAAGUGAUCAUUCGGAUCCCUCUCACCUCCAUAAAACACUUCUUGGACAUAGUUGACAACUAUGCGUAACGACGCGUGCCUCUAGUGGCACCGUGGAAGGAGGCUCGUCAGACGCACGCUGAUGCACAGCUUUCAGCAUUACCUUUCCAUCCAGCACAAACUGGAAGAUUUGUAAAAUCAACACUGUUUAACGGGGGUCCCUUUGAGCAGAUUGGACGUUCUUCGAUAACCAGCCUUGUGCAAUCACCGUGCGCAACUGGAGCGGAGCGUCACGGAGCCGCUUUCCUCCACUCUGUUCUGAACUGUUAGCGUUAAUGGAAUGAAGGACUGGAGUGACUAAACUCCAACAAGCAUUUUAUUUCGUGCCACUUAAGUGUGUUGAAAAUCCUCUGCGCUUAUUUUGUAACGUUUUUCUCUGUUUGGUUUUCGGACGACAGAAUCGUCCGAGACGACCCAAAGUUCCGCAGGCGCAGUUCUCCUCUUCAACAGCGGUGUAGGAGUCCGGCUCGGCUGUUGCCGUGGUACUUGCCAGCAGACAGAUAGCAUCGUCGGUAGGAGGGGAUAAAGAGACUCCUGCAGGCUAAUUGUUGCAGCCUGCGUUCGCAGGUGUUUCGCUGAUCUGCCUGUGAGGGACUGGGGGCUUCAUCCUGAUCGGGUCGCUUUUACACUUGUGAGAAACAGAAAAAAAAGCAACCCCGGGAGAAUGUUGCACCAAGUACAAUGAGCGCUGAUUUGUCGCAGACUCCAAAAUCCAUAUAUGCUCCGUCGAAUUCAGUUUUGAUGAGCAAUUUUGACUCGUCUUUGGAAUUUUAAAAAAGUGGAUCCCGCGACUUUACAACCAUGCGAAAUACUUGGCUGUUCCCCCGGAGUGCGAUUAGGGAUUACUGGACAUCGCUGAUUGCAUGUCUCUUUUGGAUUCAGUACUCUUACGGGAUGCCUCAUGUUAUUCGAAUAGGUGGAAUUUUCGAACAAACAGACGGACCUGUUUCGCUCGUCAGUGCGGAGGAACUUGCCUUUAAAUUUGCAGUCAAUAACAUUAACAGAAACAGGACUUUGUUACCAAACACAACAUUAACUUAUGACAUACAGAGGAUUAAUAUCUAUGACAGCUUUGAGGCAUCGAGAAAAGCUUGUGACCAGCUGUCUUUAGGCGUAGUUGCAAUAUUUGGGCCCUCACAUAGUUCAUCAUCGAAUGCCGUGCAGUCCAUCUGCAAUGCACUGGAAGUGCCGCAUAUCCAAGUGCGGUGGAAACAUCACCCUAUGGACAACAGAGACACCUUUUAUGCCAAUUUAUACCCAGAUUACUCAUCUUUAAGCUAUGCUAUCCUGGAUCUGGUGCAGUUUCUCAAAUGGAAAACAGCUACAGUUGUAUAUGAUGAUAGCACAGGUCUUAUAAGACUACAGGAGCUGAUAAUGGCCCCGUCUAGGUAUAACAUCCGACUAAAGAUCCGCCAGCUUCCUCUCGACACGCAGGAUACAAGGCCUCUUCUCAAAGAAAUGAAGAGAAGUCGGGAGUUCCGGAUCAUAUUUGACUGCAGCCACCACAUGGCAGCACAGAUUCUCAAACAGGCCCAGACCAUGGGGAUGAUGACAGAGUAUUACCACUAUAUCUUCACCACUCUGGACCUGAUGGCCAUCGACCUUGAGCCCUAUCGCUUCUGUGGCGUCAACAUGACUGGUUUCCGCAUCCUCAAUGUGGAUAACCCUCAAGUUGCUUCCAUUGCAGAGAAAUGGUCAAUGGAAAGGCAGAUACCACCUAAACCCGAUUCAGGCCUGCUGGAGGGCAUCAUGACGACAGAUGCAGCUCUGACCUAUGAUGCAGUCCACAUUGUUUCCGUCUCAUACCAGCACGCUCCUCAGAUGACCGUAAACUCACUGCAGUGCCACCGCCACAAACCCUGGAGAUUUGGAGGCCGCUUCAUGAGUUUCAUCAAAGAGUCCCACUGGGAUGGUUUGACGGGUCGACUGUCCUUCAACAAAACAACUGGUCUACGUACAGACUUUGACCUGGACAUCAUCAGUCUAAAGGAGGAUGGACUUGAAAAGGUGGGGAAGUGGAGUGCGUCUGGAGGUCUUAACAUCACAGAAGUGCCGAAGCGAAAAGGGAUGAACAUCACGGAUUCUCUGGCUAACCGCUCCCUUGUCAUCACCACCAUCCUGGAGGAGCCAUAUGUCAUGCUUAAGAAAUCUGACAAGGCGCUGGUUGGGAACGACCGUUUCGAAGGAUUCUGCAUCGACUUGCUAAAAGAGCUGGCCAACAUCCUGGGCUUCACGUAUGAGAUCCGUCUGGUGCCUGAUGGGAAAUAUGGCUCCCAGGAUGACAAGGGCCAGUGGAACGGCAUGAUUAGGGAACUUAUAGAACAUAGAGCAGACUUGGCAGUCGCUCCUCUCACCAUCACUUAUGUACGUGAAAAAUUCAUCGACUUCUCCAAGCCUUUCAUGAGUAUGGGCAUCAGCAUCUUGUAUCGCAAACCCAAUACUACCAACAAUGGCUUCUUCUCCUUCCUGAACCCCAUGACUCCCGACAUAUGGGUCUACAUCCUCCUGGCCUACCUGGGUGUGAGCUGUGUCCUUUUUGUCAUUGCCCGAUUCAGUCCAUACGAAUGGUAUGACGCCCAUCCUUGUAAUCCUGGAUCAGAUGUGGUGGAGAACAACUUUACCCUGCUCAACAGCUUCUGGUUUGGAGUUGGUUCCUUAAUGCAACAAGGCUCAGAAUUGAUGCCCAAAGCCCUGUCGACCAGGAUAAUUGGUGGGAUCUGGUGGUUCUUCACGCUCAUCAUCAUAUCAUCCUAUACAGCUAAUUUAGCAGCUUUUCUCACUGUGGAAAGAAUGGAUUCACCUGUGGACUCAGCUGACGACAUUGCCAAGCAGACCAAAAUCGAGUACGGCGUGGUCAAAGAUGGUGCAACGAUGUCUUUCUUCAAGAAAUCUAGAGUUUCUACUUUUGAGAAGAUGUGGGCCUUUAUGAGCAGCCGGCCAAGAACAUCACUGGUGAAGUCUAUUGAAGAUGGUAUUCAGAGGGUGCUGAAGUCAGACUACGCCCUCAUUACGGAGUCCACCACUAUUGAUUACAUCACUAGAAGGAACUGUAACCUGACACAGGUGGGAGGACUUAUCGACAGCAAAGGCUACGGCAUCGGCACUCCCCUCGGCUCUCCGUACAGAGACAAAAUCUCCAUAGCAAUCCUAAGCAUCUUGGAGGAUGGGCGCCUACACAUGCUAAAGGAGAAGUGGUGGAGUGGGAGCAGCUGCCUGGAUGAACGGCAUCGCGAAACAGGCCCCAUGGGUAUCCAGAACCUGGGUGGUAUAUUCAUUGUGCUGGCAUCUGGCCUAGUGCUAUCUGUUUUUGUGGCAAUUGCUGAAUUCAUCUACAAACUACGGAAGACUGCGGAACGUGAGCAGACUGCCGCCACUCUCUGCUGUCAGAACAAUUUAAAGCUAAGGCAUUUACCCCCCGUCCCUUUCCCCUCUUCUCCUUCUCGCUGCCCUCUCCGCAUCCUCCCUUUUUGCCCAGAGGUCUUUGUGCAGUGCCAUGGUGGACGAGAUCAGACUGUCGUUCACCUGCGAGAGACGGGUGAAACACAAGCCUCAGCCUCCAGUCAUGGUGAAGACGGAUGCAGUGAUCAACAUGCACGCCUACAACGACCGACGACUCCCAGGAAAGGACAACAUGAGCUGCAGCACUGGGAUGACUCCUGUGUUCCCGUGACAAUGUGUUCCCCACAGGGCAAGAGCCUGCUGAGCAAUGUUUCAGGGGCACUGCCAGUGACUAGAGACAAUGGUAUAGAUGGGAUCACCAGAUACAGCAUUAACCACAGUGACAUGGGAACACUAACAAAACAUGGGCAACUUAAAAUGGCAGCAUCAGCCACACAGGUAUGACAACAUUCACCAUUGUAAUCCAACCUGAAAGAGGUAAAAGCAGGAUUCAGUGAGGUUCUAAGAAAAGAAAAAAAGCCCAUUCCUGAGAAAGGAAACAGUAUAUACCCAAUCAGUUUCAAGUCUGAUGUUUACGUGCGCAACAUAGAAACACAAGAAAAAAAACACAAUGUUCAAGGAAUCCUGAAUCAGACUGAAAAAACUUAGCAGAACACAGUGAGAAGAAUGGCUCUGUGGACAAUGGCAAUAAAUGAGAGAUAUACAAUACAAGAAUGGAAGGAGCUCUUAUUGAAGUUCAGUUUUGCCACAUGCGAAAAUUGAGUUUCUACCUUUACCCAAGUUGAUUUACACACUCCUAAAUGGCCUCAGACAGCAAAAAAUAAUGUUACCUCAAACUUGUUGUCUAGGCUUUAAUGGUUGUCAUUCAGUCAAAAGGUAUAGGAACACUAAUUUAGUAUGUGCAGUAUUGUUAUUGGUGGAAAGCUAGUUAAAAGUUGAGCGAUUAAGUUAGUUGUAAUUUGUAAUUAAUUAUACUGUUAGACACAAGCAAUCAUAGUCAGAUGCAAAGUGGAUUGUUGAGAUUCCACCUUGCUAUAAUGGUCCUAAUAAUACCUUUUGUGUCUAAUAAUUUUGUACAUGACUAAAUUUUAUUAACUUAAAAUGAUGAUUGCCAAAGAUAUGAUGAUUCAGUAGAAGCAUUUACAUUAGCAUAUGAGGCAGAACGGUUCACUUAGGAGCACAAAUCUUGCAUCCAAUGAAAAGCAAAUUGGAAUGUUUUAAAUUUUGAAUAGAGAACUUGUUGUAAUAUUUGUCCAAGCCAUGAAGGGUAAUAGGUAUCAUAAAUACAUUAUAUAUUUUAUGGUUGUGCAGAUCAACUUAGAUCAAAAACGUUUAUCAAAAUAUAAUGUAAAACAAUCAUUGCACAAAUAACACAGGAAAACUUAUUGAUCGGUUUCCUGUUCAAAAGUCAAAAAUAUCAAACAAUUUUAAUAAUAAUACUGAAAAUAUUGAAGGUUCAUCUGAAGCAGUUUUAACUAGUUGUGGCAGUCUGCAGUUUUUCUAAAAUCUCUAACUCUUGAUUGGGCUGAAGGGCAUUAGUUCAGGCAUUUCUGUUUAAAUUACAAAUGAGAAACUGAGAGUUUGUUUUGUUUGGGGUUUUUUUUUGUGGAUUUCUUCAAGCAUUUAAGCAUGACAUAUUCACUAAAAUAUGCGUUUGGUCUUUGUCUAAAUGUGGCCACAGGACCACUGAAUGUCCCAACUGCUUCUGGCAUUUUGAACACUUCAUUCAUCUGUGUGAUCUGCAGGCUUUUUGGACAAAUGAUUGGUUUGCGUUAUAUAUACUGGGCGUAAGUUUGGGUUUAAAUGGGCAAAGCAAGAUUCUGAAGGUCAUCUGCGACCAGAACGUCCGUAUUCUUCUUUUCAAUUACCUGAUGUGGACUGAGUGAAUUCAUACGUGUCGUGUGUGAACAUGCUGAAAGACAAUGUGGUGACAGAUCACAGUUUUGUGUGCUCAUGUACUGUAUACUAUACUGUAUCUAAAGCGAGUGUCGUGCCCAAGAAAGAUUCGAGGAGUCUGUGAGCUGCUGUCACCUGAAAGCUGAAUGAACAGCAAACCUCUGUGAGGUUUAAAUUGUUGAUACGCAGAAACAACAUCAACAACAACAACAACAACAAAAAAAUAAUAAUUUGUAACUAUCUAUGAUUCAAAGAAACUCCAGUCUGUAAUACUAAGCAUUGAUUUGGUAGAGAUUGACUGUAUUAUUGUUUUAUCAAUUCCCUCCUGCAAAGUAGAAUAUGUAGAUAAAAUCAGCAGGAGAAAAUGUAUUUUGCUAAAUUUAUACUGUUAUAAAUGAAUUCUGUUAACAGGUAAAUAUGUUCUAGAUGCUAUUUAUUUCAUUAGAGAGGUCAAUUUUAACUACUCCCUCACUUCACCCCAAAUCCAUAGCCCCACACCUUCUUUUAAUUUAUUUAAAAGAAAUGCAUUAUAUGAUAUGGUAUAUUGGAUUAAUAUCAUCCGGAUGGAAAAAAAUAUACAGUAUGUAAAUCUUCUUAUAUGAUGGCGAGUAUAUUUCUAUGAGGUGAAAAUGAAAUGGAAAUGCUGAGCUUUCCUAAGAAUUUGGGAGACGUUGUUUUAGAGUAGGAUUAUAUUAUGUAACCCUAAACCCGGACCUUCACUCUUCAUGAAAUCCUGAUGACAACCUGGUCUAAAGUACGGCUGUGGUUGAUACAUGGUUCUGCUAUGUUACUGUUACCCUCAUGUGAACUGUAGCUUUUCAUGCAGGUUAUUGAAAGACUUAAGAUUGCUUUUCACGUCUGUAAUACGUGAAAAUAAAUCAAAAUGUCAUCAGAUUAGUUGGAAUUACAACAGGGUUUUGGAUUUGGCUGAUUCAGUCAGUUUGAUUACUGAAUAUAUAUGUUUUUUAAGAAAUAAAUUAAUGUGAAUAAUGUCAUUUUACACAAACUUGUAAGAAAUGUGGGAGAAAAGUGUGUUCCAUUAGCAGUGUGUGAUAUGAAUUUUGAUUUUCUAGCAGUCAUGAUGGUAUGCCUUCUUAUGUAUACCUUUCUUUUCAGUUGCAAAGCUUCUAUCAUUUGGCAGAAAACCUCUCAAACAAUAUGAUAAAUAUGUUGGUGCCAACCAGGGUUUUCUUUGUGGACAUGCAGAAUUUCUAUGAAUAUAGUUUUUGUAAGGUUUUGUAAAAAAAAAAGAAAAAAAAGAUUUUGUUUUCCUAGUAACUGUAUGUGUUAAAAGAACAUUAGAAUAACCCACAGCCGAGUAAAACAUGGGGAAAAUCGACAAAAUACUAUAUGAAAGCUACUGAAUUAUUUUCUUUUUAACACACUGUGAAUAAUUCAAUUGUACAGUUUGCUGUAUGGGUUAUAUGAGGUUUUAAAUAAAAAUACAAACUAUUUAUA